AUGGACAGGUUGAGGCAAAGCACAGCACCAUGCGGCCCACAACGGCCACACCGGUAUGGACACGUUGAGGCAGAGCACAGCACCAUGCGGCCCACAACGGCCACCCGGUAUGGACACGUUGAGGCAGAGCACAGCACCAUGCGGCCCACAACGGCCACACCGGCAAAGCACAGCUCCAUGCGGCCCACAACGUCCACGCCGAUGUGGACACGUUGGGGCAAGGCAGAGCACCAUGCGGCCCACAACGCCCACCCCGGUAUGGACACGUUGGGGCAGAGCAGAACACCAUGCGGCCCACAACGCCCACGCCCAUAUGGACACGUUGAGGCAGAGCAGAACACCAUGCGGCCCACAACGACCACACCGAGCCAGAAACACCAUGCGGCCCACAACGGCCACACCGAUGUGGACACGUUGAAGCAGAGCUCCAUGCGGCCCACAACGGCCACACCGGGCAGAGCACCAUGCGGCCCGCAAGGUCCACACGGAUGUCGACACGUUGAGGCAGAGCACCAUGCGGCCCACAACGUCCACACCGAUGUGGACACACACGUUGAGGCAGAGCACCAUGCGGCCCACAACGUCCACACCGAUGUGGACACGUUGAGGCAGAGCACCAUGCGGCCCACAACGACCACACCAGUAUAG